CCAAAUUUUGGAGCACUACACAAACCUUUCCAAAAAAAUUCUUAAUUAACAUAAAACUAAAACAAAAAAAAGCACAAACUACAAAAACUCUUUUGAUUUUACUAUAAUUUAUCCCACUCCACUACUACUGCUACUUCAUAAUCCAUCAUCAUUAUCUUCUAACUAAAACACUAAACACUCACUAAUUACUACACAAAAAUACCUCUUAAUCUCUCUCUCUCUCUAUGUUAACUGUUCAACGACUUACCAAUGAAGAAACCGAUCAUGACCAUGACAGUGAACAUAUCCGUGACAUCCAUGCUCUAACGCCACCGCAGCCACCGCCGAGGCGGCGAUGGGAAGCAAAUCAUAACCGGUCAUCUUCUAUAUCCAUGAAUAGUGAGGGAGGUUCAAGUGAAAACUUCACCACCAUGAGCAGAGAGUUCAACGCUUUGGUUAUUGCCGGUUCUACUAUAGAAACCGGUAAUAACAAUAAUAUCACCUCCGAUCAUCAUCACCAUCAUGUUAACGAUGACGUAAUUAAUGGAAACACCUUAUUGGCUAGGAUCAGAGAAGAUGAUCAUGAUCGUGAUCGUGAUCGUGAUGAUGUGCCUGAAGAGACCAAUCCUCUAGCUAUUGUAGCUGAUUAUAACCAACUAGACCCGAGUUCGAGUUCGAGUUCGAGAAGGGUUGUUGGGUUGGGGGGCGGCGGCGGAGGCGGUGGCGGUGAGGUGUCAGUGCAGAGAGUGAAGAAAGAAGAGGUAGAGAGUAAGAUAUGUGCAUGGCAAAAUGCAAAGAUAGCGAAGAUUAAUAAUAGGUUUAAGAGAGAAGAUGCUAUUCUCAAUGGCUGGGAAAGUGAACAAGUUCAAAAAGCUACUUCUUAUAUGAAGAAAGUUGAGAGGAAGUUGGAGGAAAAAAGAGCAAGAGCAGUUGAGAAGAUGCAAAAUGAAGUGGCAAAAGCACAUAGAAAAACAGAGGAAAGAAGAGCAUCAGCUGAAGCUAAAAGAGGAACUAAAGUGGCUAGAGUUCUUGAAAUUGCUAAUCUUAUGAGAGCUCUUGGCAGACCUCCUGCCAAACGUUCUUUCUUUUAACCCUUAAUUAUAUUAGUUGUAGUAGUAGUAGUAUACCCUAUAUACAUGUCUCUCAAAAGAAAGAAAUAUUGUGAUGGGACAAAAUAAUAAUUUCCCCAAACUAUUAGGGUUCCCUACAUCUUUUGAACUAUAGGGUACCUUACAUGCAUGAAAUGAGGGGUAGUGAGGAGUUGCACUCAGAAACUACAUGGAGUGUCAAGUUUGGGUGUUUUGAACAUUUCAAGUGUGUAAUUUGGUAAGUGCUUGUUGCUUGUUGGUGGUGGAACAAACUUUUUUGUUUUUGUACAGUCAUACUCUUUUUUAUUAAUAGGAUAUUUGAGCUUAUUGCUUAUUA